CCAACCCCACCAAAGAGAAGGCCAGCCCGUCAAAUUGCCAAACCAUUUCUCUCUCUCUCUCUCGUCAAACCCAUUAACCAUAGCCGAUAACCCAACGAGAUUACCUGUGAAAGUCUCCGUCUUUUCCAUCGUUGUCCUUGUGGUAGGAAUCAAAUUCGUCAUCUUCUCUAUCAAUAGAGAGAGAAAGAGAUCUCCUUUCGAUAUGGGUUUUUGCUUUAAAACCACUUGAGACUAAGAACAACAACAAGAAGAAUCUGAAGAUGGGUGAAGAAACAAGUGAUGAAUCAAGAACCAGCAUCGACAAAGCAAUCGAAGCGAUAUCUUCACUGAUCUCUCUCUCUCACUCAAUCAAAUCCUUCACCGUCAAAUGGCAACUCAUCAGAACCAAGCUCGACGAGCUCUACUCCGGCCUCGCCGCCCUCUCCAAUCUCGACGACUCCGGACACGACCCGUCUCUCUCCUCCCUAAUCUCCGCCGUCCUAAUCUCUCUAACCGACUGCUACGACCUCGCCACGCGCUGCGUGAACGUCGCGUACAGCGGGAAGCUCCUGAUGCAGAGCGAUUUGGACGUGAUGGCCGCGAGCUUCGACCGCCACGCGAGGAACCUCUCCCGGAUCUACUCCGCCGGGAUCCUGAGCCGCGGCUUCGCGAUCGUCGUGUCGAAGCCCGGCGGCGGCGCGUGCAUGGAGGACGUCAGGUUCUACGUUAGGGAUUUGAUGACGAGGAUGAAGGUCGGAGAUCUGGAGAUGAAGAGGCAGGCUUUGGUGAAGCUUAACGAAGCCAUGGAGGAGGACGAUAGAUACGUCAAGAUUGUGAUUGAAGGCAACGAUUUGGUUAAUCUCCUUGUCGGGUUUCUUGAUUCUGAGAUUGGGGUUCAGGAGGAAUCUGUUAAAGCUUUGUUUUUUAUUUCUGGGUUUGGUUCUUACAAGUCUGUUUUGGUUCGGUCGGGUGUGAUUCGCCCUUUGGUUAGGGUUCUUGAGAACGGGAGCUCUGUUGGUAGAGAAGCGUCUGCAAUGUGUUUGAUGAAAUUAACGGAGAACUCGGAGAACGCUUGGUCUGUCUCUGCUCAAGGAGGCGUCUCUGCACUGCUAAAGAUCUGUUCUUGCGGCGAGUUUAGCGGCGAGUUGAUCGCUAGCUCGUGUGGAGUGUUGAGGAAUCUCGUCGGUGUUGAAGAGAUCAAGAGGUAUAUGAUCGAAGAAGACGAUACGAUGACCACUUUCAUUAAGCUUAUUGGCUCAAAGGAAGAGAUUGUUCAGGUAAAUUCUAUUGAUCUUUUGCUAAGUAUGUGUUCUAAAGAUGAGCAGACACGUGAAGUCUUUGUUAGACAAGGAGGAAUCCAGGAGCUAGUGAGUGUGUUAUCAGAUCCCAAUCCGUUGUCCUCUUCUAAAUCUAAGGAGAUGGCGUUAAGGGCAAUUGAUAACUUAUGUUUCGGGUCACCCGGUUGUUUGAAUGCAUUGAUGAGUUGCAAGUUCUUGGAUCAUUUGCUGUAUCUUCUAAGCAAUGGGGAGAUCUCUGUUCAAGAAUCAGCCUUGAAGGUUACGUCAAGGCUCUGUAGCUUACCAGAAGAGGUUAAGAGGAUAAUGGGAGACGCUGGCUUUAUGCCCGAGUUAGUUAAGUUUCUUGACGCUAAAUCAUUUGAUGUAAGAGAGAUGGCGAGCGUGGCGUUAUACUGUUUGAUCUCGGUUCCAAAGAACAGGAAGAAGUUUGCGCAAGACGACUUUAACAUUGGAUACAUUCUCAAACUGCUAGACCAUGAAGAUGGGAGCAAUGCGAGCAGCGAUUCGGGUAGCACAAAGUUCUUGAUAUCUAUAUUGAUGUCUUUAACGAGCUGCAAUAGCGCGAGGAGAAAGAUUGCGAGUUCAGGGUACUUGAAAAGCAUAGAGAAGCUAGCAGAAACUGAAGGUUCGGAUGCUAAGAAGCUUGUGAAGAAGCUAUCUAUGAACAGAUUCCGCAGCAUGCUAAGUGGUAUAUUUUUAUAGUUUUGUGAAUUUUUUUUCUUUCUUGAGUGUAUAUUUUUACAAAGGUGUUUUUGUUAGUUCUCUUCCCACUAAUCCCAGUCCCAUGUGACCUCCAAAUUCAACUACAAGAAUAUUAAUAUAGCUUUAGAAUAUUUCUUUUUCUUCCUUUA